UAUUUAUAUAUUUGUUAGUAAUGGUAAGAUGUAUAUAGCUACCUAUAAAAAGUGAAUAAGAAUAGAUUGAAGCAUUAGAAUUAAUGUCAAAAGAUACAUUGUCAGAACAGUAAAUAAAAAAAGGUCAAACAAAUUAAGUGUUCUUUUUAGAGAUAGCAGAUUAUUUAGAAGGAACCUCAUUUUUUAAUCUUUUAGGUAUAAUAUAAAGAAAAUUAGAUCUUAAAAAUAAGGAUAAUUAAUCAAAGAGAAUAAUAAUUGCAACAGUGCUGUCCAUCCUUUUAAUUAUCAUAUUUUGUAUUGUAAUCUAAUUUAUUCUAAAUUUAUCAAAAAAAUGUAAGAUUAAGCUGAGUAAAGAGAGCAUACCGAUACCAGCAUGA